AGGGGGUUCCGUCAGCGCGCCGGGUUUCCAGGUCCUCGCCGCUGCGCUGCAGGGUUUGUGCCGGAGGCGGGCCUUCCAGGUAGUUGGUGGGCGCUGGGCAUCCCCUCACCCUGCAGAGGCGUCGCUGCUCCGGGCGGCCCUCGCCUCCGGCCUUCGGCAUCCUCGUCCCGCCCGGCCCGGGACCGGCAUCCGCUCGGUGGCCUCCCGGGGACGAGGGCGUCGCAGGCCUCCGUCUCUGCUGCUUCCCGCUCCUCCGCGACCCGGAGGCCUCCACGGGGCGCUUUCUUGGCAAUAGGGACCCUUAACACAGGAGCGCGCUGAGCCCGGCCCGGCCUCUGCUCCAGGACCCCUUCUGUUCCAUCUGGGGUGACCAUGUAGGCACUCUGUGUUCUCUGCAUUAGCAAACCAGAACACCCAGCCAUAAAAAUGAAUGAAGUUCUGAUACAUGCUACAACAUGAAUGAACCUUGAAGACAUCUUGAGAUGUUGCCUUAUUUAUAGGAAUUGCUUGCAACCAGUCAUGAUGGAUUUAGGAAAGUGGCCAGUCUUCACACUGCUGUCUCCUCAAGAAAUUGCCUCGAUUCGGAAAGCGUGCGUCUUUGGUGCUUCCGCCAAUGAAGCACUGUAUGUUACUGACAAUGAUGAGGUCUUUGUAUUUGGACUGAACUAUAGUAACUGUUUGGGAACUGGAGAUAAUCAGAGCACACUUGUACCCAAAAAGCUAGAAGCCUUAUGUGGGAAGAAGAUUAAAAGCCUUAGUUACGGGAGUGGACCACAUGUUCUUCUCAGCACUGAAGAUGGAGUUGUAUACGCCUGGGGCCACAAUGGGUAUAGCCAGCUUGGGUGUGGGUCAACCAACCCGGGCUUCGCUCCCAUCCAGAUCUGCACCAAUCUCUUGAACAAGCAAGUGGUGGAAGUAGCAUGUGGCUCUCAUCAUUCGAUGGCUCUGACAGCUGAUGGAGAGGUGUUUGCUUGGGGCUAUAACAACUGUGGCCAGGUGGGGUCAGGAUCUACAGCAAGUCAGCCUACGCCUCGAAAAGUCACAAACUGCUUACAGGUUAAGAAGGUGGUCGGCAUUGCCUGUGGCCAGACGUCGUCCAUGGCUGUUUUGGACAACGGGGAGGUAUAUGGCUGGGGUUACAAUGGCAAUGGCCAGCUGGGGCUGGGAAAUAAUGGCAACCAGCUGACCCCUGUGAGAGUGGCGGCUUUGCAAAGCGUGUGCGUGAAUCAGAUCGUCUGUGGCUGCGCACAUACUCUAGCGCUAACGGAUAAGGGCUUGCUCUAUGCCUGGGGAGCUAACGUGUACGGGCAGCUGGGAACUGGCAGUAAAAGUAACCUGCUAAGCCCAGCACAAGUCAUGGUGGAGACAGAAAGGGUGGUAGAGAUCGCAGCUUGCCACUCUGCCCACACGUCUGCUGCCAAGACCCAGAGGGGACACGUGUACAUGUGGGGCCAGUGUCAGGGCCAGUCGGUGACCCUGCCCCACCUCACCCGCUUCUCCUGCACCGACGACGUGUUCGCCUGCUUCGCCGCUCCCGCCGUCACCUGGCGCCUCCUCUCCGUGGAGCACGAAGACUUUUUAACAGUUGCAGAGUCGUUGAAGAAAGAAUUCGAUAGUCCAGAAACUGCCGAUCUGAAAUUUCUCAUUGACGGGAAAUUUAUUCAUGUCCAUAAAGCUGUUUUAAAAAUCAGGUGUGAGCACUUUCGAUCCAUGUUCCAGUCUUAUUGGAAUGAGGACAUGAAGGAGGUGAUUGAAAUAGACCAGUUUCCGUACGCAGUGUAUCGUGCCUUCCUCCAGUACCUCUACACAGACACAGCUGAUCUGCCACCUGAAGAUGCCAUAGGUCUUUUGGAUUUGGCGACAUCUUACUGUGAAAACAGACUGAAAAAACUUUGCCAGCACAUCAUCAAGCAAGGAAUUACUGUGGAGAAUGCCUUCUCAUUAUUCUCUGCCGCAAUCAGAUACGACGCAGAGGAUUUAGAAGAAUUCUGCUUUAAGUUUUGCAUCAAUCAUUUGACAGAUGUCACCCAGACUGCGGCGUUUUGGCAAAUGGACGGCCCUCUGCUGAAGGAAUUCAUUGCUAAAGCCAGUAGAUGUGGAGCCUUUAAGAACUGAAGCCCAAGGCUGUGAGUUUUGUGCCCUGGGCCCUGGUGGUGAUGUGUCUGGUCGUGCUCUCUCCGAGGUCUAAUUCUGCAGGUUAAAAAAAAGAAGAAGAAGAAAUCAGGUUGCUUUGCCACCCGAGAUGCAGUUCUUCAUGUAGGAACCUGUGAAGGAUGUCCAGCUUUUCCUGUACCCGCUUACACACCUCGCUUCCAGAUAUGUGUAUUUUAAAUGUGACUUUACUUAUGUUUGGGCUGGAACCUUGUAAAAGGCUGAAAGUGUUUUUUUUUGUUUGUUUGGCUUUUUGUUUGUUUGUUUUGGUUGGAGGAACUUCUGAGCUUUGGAGAGGGGGUAUUGGAAGCCACUCUCCUGGGUCUCAUCUCAUCAACCCUUUUGUGAUAUUUUCUGGAUUUUGAGAUAAACAUCGAGGCCCCAACAUGAAUGAGGAGAUGCUGACCCAGGGGCUUAUGGAUGGACUGCGUCAGCUGCUAGUGCAAAAUGCCACCCUGAAGGCAGAGCCAAGCUGGAGGCUCUCGUUGAUGCGCUUGCACCUAUGUGACUUUUUUUUAAAUUUCAUGACAUAUCAAAGUACUAUUUAAUGUAACAUGAGUUAAACCUAUUGUAAGGAUACUUAAUGUAAAGAUAAAUUCCUGGGUUAGCAAAGAUUUCUCCUAAGAUUUGAGCAUACAUAACAAGUAGUCAUUUAGAACUAUCUGCGAAAAGUUGAUAAUGAAAGAAACUUUGUUUGGAUAAAGGGGGGCAUUUUUUACAAUAAAGUCUCCACCCCUUCCCCAA